CCUCACCUCCUGUGUCCUGUUCCCCUCUCCCUCUGCUGCAACAUUCUGCUCUGCUUUCUGUGCAAGAUUUGUAUCAUGAUGCGUGUGGACUGCAUCUGGGGGCACCUUUUGCUCCUUUCUUUGAGUUUGGGAUGGAUAAAGGCUCAGGAGACCAAUUACAGCAGGCCUGUGUUCCACUGCGGAGGAGAUCUGAUUGCAGAUUCAGGUUUUGUUGGCAGCGAGGGAUUCCCCAGCAACUACAAACCCAACACCAAAUGCACCUGGCGGAUCACUGUUCCCGAGGGAAAAGUGGUCACGCUUUCCUUCCGCAUCUUUGACCUGGAGGCUGACUCACAGUGUCGCUAUGACUAUCUUGAUAUUUACAAUGGCCAUUCAAACUUGGUGCAAAAACUGGGUCGCUUCUGUGGAACUUUCCGGCCUGGAGCUCAGAUAUCAACCACAAACACCAUGAUGCUGGAGAUGGUGGCUGACGGAGAGACCCAGACCAGAGGGUUUUUGGCCUAUUUCAGUGGAACAAAACCUUAUGCAAAUGAUGAGCAGUUUUGCGGGGGGAAGAUGACAAAAUCCCAGGGAGAGAUCAAGACGCCCAACUGGCCUGACAGGAAGUACCCACCAGGAACCAGCUGCUCCUGGCUCAUCACUGUGGAACCUGACAGGGUGAUCCAGGUGAAGUUUGACAAAUUUGUUCUGGAGCCUGACACCUACUGCCGGUUUGACUAUGUCGCCUUCUUUAACGGUGGAGAGAGAGAUAACUCGCGCCUGAUUGGAAAAUACUGUGGUGAUCAGAACCCUCAGCCUAUUAUCACCAGUGGCAACGAGCUGCUGGUCCAGUUCGUGUCUGACCUCAGUGUGACAUCCGACGGGUUUUUUGGUCACUAUAUCAGUAUCCCCCGCGGUUCUCAACCCUCAACUGACGCCUCAGGACCCAAUGCCUCCUCAGAACGCGCAGUUAAACCUGCUGAACCUAAACGGCCCGUUGUCACUGCGCGACCGACCGUCCCAACCACCACCACCCCCAAAUAUGUGCCACCUCCUCCAGCCAGACCAACAACAGGAGGCGUCACAGGCCCAAAUCGCAAGAGGCCCGCUCCUCCAAAUCCAGCAUGUGCCAGAGGCAAUAAAGGCAACAGAAACGUCAGGGCCAGUUUCUGCUCGAGUGAAUUUGUGAUAACUGGAAAGGUAACCUCCAUGGCCCCAGGCCCCCGAGGCAGUCUUUCCAUUAACAUCUCCCUCAUCAAGGCCUACAAAUCAGGACGCCUGACCAUUACACAGGUUGGAGAGACCAUGGCAGUGAAGCUGGUGUCACAGGACAGAAGGUGUCCCAUGAUUCGGCGAGGUGUCAAGUACAUCCUCAUGGGUCAGGUGGAUGAAGAUGGACGUGGCACUUUGGUACCUAGUGCAUUCACUUCUCCGUACAAAGCCGUGCACCACAAACUUUUGGAGAAGCUCAACAGCCAAGCGUGUUAAAUCCAAAACUGCUGCCCUGGCCUGAAAAUUAAAUCUACAAUCUCACUAAAAUGAAGACACUGCAAAGUGAAUCAUAGACAUAUAAGGACACAAUAUAACAAAACAGUUUGACUUUAUUUUAUAUAUGACUUUAAAUGUUAUAUUGUGAAACACACACUAAACUUUGUAUUUGUAAUGUAUGUACAUAUCUAAAAAAUAAAGGUUUUAUAUCACUUUUAAAA